AUGGCCAUAUGGAUAGCCUUCUACGACCGUAUUCUAGUCCCUUUGCUCUCAAAAUCAAAACACAGCAGAACAAGAGGAGGAUUCACCCUCAAGCAAAGAAUGGGAAUUGGGAUAGCACUAACAUUUUUAGCCCAAAUAAUUGCAGCAGAAGUUGAGAGAAGGAGAAGAAACCUUGCCAUUAGAGAAGGCUUAGUGGGAAAUCCCAAAGGGACAGUGACUAUGUCUGCUUGGUGGCCUGUGCCUCAGUUAUGCCUAACUGGUCUAGCCGAGGCUUUUAAUGCUAUUGGACAGAUAGAGUUCUAUUACACUCAGUUUCCAAAAAGAAUGUCUAGCAUUGCUAUGGCUUUUUUGGCUGUGGGUUUUGGAGUGUGCAAUCUCUUGGCUGGUCUCAUUGUGACAGUUGUGAAGGAUAUUACACAGAGAGGAGGAAGACAGAGUUGGCUUGCCUCUGAUCCCAAUAUUGGUCAUUAUGAUUACUAUUAUGGCUUACUUGCCAUUCUAAGCGGGGUUGAUCUGCUUUACUUUUUUGCGUGUAGCUGGGCUUAUGGGAGUACUCAAGACAUAGACAUGUGGGAAGAUGAGGAACUAAGGAUCAAUAAAACGGUUCUUAUGUAA